AUGGAACUCGAGCUCCAUCGAGGAGGAAGAGUGGCGCAGAACCAGACUCCGUCCCAAGCAUACGGUCUCCGAGCCCCAGUCCCGAACUCAAAACCACCGGGGCCGUAUAGCAUGGACGCGCGGAGUAUUCCUCGCUCGAUGAGCCUCGGCGCCGCCAAUCUCCUCCAACUCUCCUCUGCUGCUACUACUACUACUUCUGCUACUGCUACCCCUAUUACUGCCCCUACUACUGCGACGUUGGCCGCACCGGCGGGGCCCAACCCACGCCGCUCCCCCGAAAUUGCCCCCGCCGGAGCCAACAAUGAGGGCUGGUCGGGGCGGGUCCUGGGCGAACUGAAAGACCUCCUGCUGCUACUCAGUCCCGAUGGACGGGUGCUGUACGCAUCAUCCUCCUGUACCGACGUCACGGGCGUUGAUACGGCCAUCCUGGUCAAAAGCGAUUUCACCCGGUUCAUCCACGAGGAUGAUAAGCCCAUCCUCGGGCACGAAUUGGACGAAUGCAUGAAAACGGGGCGUGAAAUCCGAUGUCACUUCCGGUUUUGUAGACCGGACAAUAGCUUCUGCUUACUGGAAGCGUAUGGGCACCCGCACUUGACGACCGCGGCAGCAACAGCAGCAGCGGGGGCUGCUCCUGCGACCGCCGAACCCCGACAGCAGAAGACGGUCUGUAAGGGGAUUUUCCUCGUCUGUCGACCAUACCCCACGCGGGGGUCACAAUUACUGGAUUCGUUCCUGGAACAUAAGAUCGAAAAUAUCCGACUGAGCCAGCGCAUCGCGCAAUUGAAGGAGGAGGAAGAGGAGGAGUUGAAUGCGAGACCAGUCGCUCCUAGUGGUCAGACGACGACCACGACGACCACUACCACCACGACAACGCGUCAGACGUAUGUCUCGACGAUGCAGUCCACGGUUACGCAGUCAAAUGUACGGGAUACGUCCGUGUCGGGCGAGGAGAAUGAAUCGUCGGAUACGAUCACCGUCGCGGACGAUACCGACUCGCGGUCGUUCCUGGAACAGGUGGGGGAUCGGUUACCGCAGGGUGAAGAUAUGUCGCAUAUCGAUGGGAUCGAGGUCAUGACGGGCUUGUAUUACGGAGAGGGAGAGCGGUCACAGGGUUUGAGUACGGGUGUUCGUCAUGGUCGGUUGGUCCAUUGUAACAUGGAGUCAAAUACUCCGAGCGACCAGCAAUUACAGCAGCAACAGCAACAACCACAGCAACAGCCAACACAACCGGCCACCAAGAACCCCACCGACGCCGACAGAAAGAAGCGCAUGAAGGGCGAGUACAUGUGCACAGAUUGCGGGACCUCCGAUUCUCCGGAAUGGAGAAAGGGCCCAGAAGGUCCAAAGACCCUCUGUAACGCUUGCGGGUUACGAUGGGCCAAAAAAGAGAAAAAGCGCCAGGACUCGGGGUCGUAG